AUGGAGAAGUUAUAUGAAGUUAAUAAUAACGUGCAGAACAAUGUGGAGUUUGCUAAUUUGGUGGAUCAUUUAUGCACACUUGGUGGACAGAAUGUAAAAGAUUGUGUGCAUCAAAUGAUGAAAGCAUUGAUGAUGCACCAAGUCAGCCUCAACAUUACAUGGAUGGGCCAGAAAAAAGAAAAGGAGGGCUGGUCAAGACUUCUACUUCAAGAUGCCCUGAUUAAUGCCAUACAAAAAAAUCCAAGGACUGGGCAUGCCACAGAGGCAGAUUGUGAUGUUGAGGCGAAAAAAUGGCUUCAGAAUGCACCGGACAGGUAUGGUGGAAGAGCCAAAAGGGAACAAGCCAAAAGCAGCACAUAG